AUGGAGAUAGAUAAAGUAAACGGCCUGAAAUCUUGGUUUACUAAAGAGCAACGGCGCACUUUCCCGUUGUUUAGAUCGAAGCGUAGAGCAUCAGCUACUCCUCCUGCAACCGGCACAAGUAUUUCCCACCCUUUGUUGUUAACAGAUGCAAAUGAUAGCAUCCCAAAACUCAGACCACUUGCUUUAUCAGCGCAAAAUUCAGCUGCUCUCCAUUCUCCUAUAGAUGAGGAUUAUGCUUUAGAGAGUGAGUUGGAGAAUCAGCAGUUUGCAGAAGUUAAGCUUGAGUUGUCUGGAGAUGAAACACUAAAUUUGAGGAUCCCUGAAAUUCUUCACAACGCCUGUGAGUUUAUCAAGAACAACGAACCUGUAGAAGGGAUCUUUAGGGUUAGUGGGAGCCUGAAAAAAGUUAAAGAGAUCGAAGAGUCACUCAGUAGUGAGCAGAAACUGGCCUUUGAGGGGCUAGAUCUUGACAGCUUUGAUGCUGCAACAAUAAUGAAAAGAUUUAUUACCAGACUUUCUUUGCCUCUUGUAUCCACUAACUUGCAGCAGAGGCUCCAGUUAAUUGAACUUGGAGACUGGGAGGGUUAUGCUGAGACUCUGGAAUCGUUAAACAAGUUCCAGCUACAUUUGUUGUUAUAUCUUUUGGAAUUUUUCAACAGUCUCUUGCAACCAGAUGUGGCAGCAGUAACGAAAAUGGACGGCAAGAAUAUCGCCAGAAUAUUUCAGGUUGUGCUCUUCAAAUCGGACCACUACUCCAGCAGUGAGGAUUUAAUGGUCAACUUUGAGAGCAAUGAGCUGGUUCUUUUAUCUCUUAUUGAGAAUGUUGAGCAGCUCAAAGAAUACUUUAGUAAGAAGGAUACAGCGCAGAAAGAGCAAAACAUGUUAACGUUACCAGGUACAGCGCUACCAUCGAGGUUACCUCUUCCCGUUAAAUCCCAGGAAAUUACCACGAAACAAGCCAAAAGACCAUCCAGACUAUCCAGAAUGCUUUCCACUUCAGCAACCGACAGCGGGUACUGUAUCGAUUCUGAACCCUCUUUAUCGUCUUCGAUGGGAACAACAUCUUCCAACCCGAUUUCGGAUAGUCCUAGUUCGAUUUCAACUUCAAUUUUUUCUACAGCAACAUCAGCAACGUAUGACUCUGAAUCAGUUGCAAUGGCUCCAUCAUCUAUAUUUUCUCCUUCUGAUAGAAGUCCUAUCCCGUUGAAUACCCCUCCUAGGAGAAAAUUAAGUUUUGCACAAUUUCGAUUGCCAAGUAAAUAG